CCUCCGUGAUGUCAGCGCCGUGGCCCCGCCCGCCGCCGCCGCAGUGACAGCUCCGGCCGGGCCGAACCGAGCGGGCGGGUCAUGGCCGACGACUUCGGCUUCUUCUCCUCGUCCGAGGGCGCCGGGACCGAGGAGGAUCCGGCCGCCGCCUUCCUGGCCCAGCAGGAAAGUGAGAUCGCGGGCAUCGAGAACGACGAAGGCUUCGGGCCCAACGACGGAGACUCGGCCUCCGCCCCCGCAGGGCAGGGCGCCCCAACGGAGCCGGCUGGUUUCCAGAAUGGAGGAGCCACUGUCAAUGGAGAUGUUUUUCAGGAGUCCAACGGGCCCACAGAUGCCUAUGCAGCCAUAGCCAAGGCUGAUCGGCUGACCCAGGAACCUGAGAGCAUUCGCAAAUGGAGGGAGGAGCAGAAGAAGCGCCUGGAGGAGCUGGAUGCGGCAUCGAAAGUGACUGAGCAGGAAUGGCGUGAGAAGGCCAAAAAGGACCUGGAGGAGUGGAACCUGCGUCAGAAUGAGCAGAUGGAGAAGAACCGAGCAAACAACAGGAUCGCUGACAAAGCCUUUUACCAGCAGCCGGACGCCGAUGUGAUUGGCUAUGUGGCCUCGGAGGAAGCAUUCCUGAAGGAGUCCAAGGAGGAAACUCCAGGCUCCGAGUGGGAGAAGGUGGCCCAGCUCUGCGACUUCAACCCCAAGAGCAGCAAGCAAAGCAAGGAUGUCUCGCGGAUGCGCUCGGUGCUCAUCUCCCUCAAACAGACACCCCUGUCCCGCUAGCUGCCAUCUGGCACAGCCAGGAGUGCAGCAGGGCAAGGCCCUCAUAUGGCCUUAUCCUGCUGCUCACCAGGGCAGAUGGCAUCAUGGGGUCAGCCCACACGAGGGGCCUAUGCCCUACCUGCCCUCUGGUCUCUGGCGUGUACCUUGGCUGUGCUCAAGUCAAUGGUUGUAACUCUCCCCAUGGUUUUCCUUUGCUUAAAAGGUGCAUUGGUCUCUUUUUACACUUAUUUAUUACUGUGGCAUUUCCCUGGGAAGUGACGCUGGGUGGCAGAGCUGAGUUAGCAGAGGAGCCUCCAGCCAGAGUCAGCCCAGCUGCCUGGCAGGGUGAGAGGGAGAACACCUCCCACUCGGUGUCCUCCAUCUCAUCCAGGGCUGCACUCAGAGCAAACUUGCCCACCUCCUUUAUCUGAUAUUUUGUCCCAGCCCUGGGGCAGAGAUACUGGGGGGAGCCUUGGUUUCUUUCUACCCUCCUGUGGGUUUUAGAGCAGAACUGGCUGUAGGGCUGGGGUUGAGGAACAGCCUAGGCUCAUCUCCACAACACAAGGUCCCACAGGGAGCAUGGCAGAAGCAUGAUGCCCCAGGGCUGGUGGGAAUGGAGGGAUGUGAGUGUGGGCACUCUACCUGGCCAUGCAUUCCAAAAAGUUAGCAGCUGUAUUGUCGAUAUCCCAUCUGCCCUGUGGGGCUGCUCUUGGCAGACAGCUCUGUGGUCAAGGGCGCUAAAAAGAGGCUGCAGGACAAGCAGGCAGGGUGCUUCUUGUCCCCUCUACAAGGCCACUGGCUUUGGGAAGGCCACUGGAAGAUGGAGUGCCAGGCUUUGGGGGUCCUUGGCUCUGCUCUGUGCCUUCCCCUACUCUGAGGGAGGCAGCUGGAGGUUGUGUGGCUGCAGAGAAGCAGGUAGCAAGGUCCAGCUGCUGUGGGAUAAGCCAAACCUCCAGCUCCCUCACCUAGAGGUGUGUAACGGGAUUAGGCAGAGGUUUGGUGCUACGGCUUUUACUGUCCCUGGAGAACAAAUCACACAUCUAUCUGCAGCUGGACAGCUGCUCUGUGGCUUCAGUCUGGCCCAUGUGCCACUGGAUCUGCACACCAAAGGCAGCAUGGCAAGAUGUAGGUCCUGCUCAUUGCCUCAUUAGGUGCACUUUCCAGCCCAAACUCACCUUUUUCUCCUUGCUUGGCAGGUCUGGCACUGGCCCCUCUGGCUUUGAGCCCCAGCCCUGGAAGGGCUGCUGAAGGGGGUUGAUGGGUCUGCUUACACCUCGCAGCAGAGCAGCUUGCUGUGAGCUCAUGCCCCUCCACUGGCCCAUUGUGGAUUGGUGAAGGGCCUGCAGCAACAGCCUGAGGGGACAUGGAGCAGAAUGCAUAAACCAUUUGUCAGAGCUGUGCUGCAGAGCCCUGUUCCACCAGUAAAUUCAGUAUGCAGAGCUCUCUUGCACAAAUCAAGGUUGUCUGCCUUACUGCUUCAGUGUUGGAGGGAUGACCUGGCACUGUAGCUGUGGGGAUUGGGCACAGCAGAAGCUCUGCAGCUGUCUGACAGGCCUGGAGAAUGCUGUCAUCUUUGGUAGUGGGCUGGAAAAGGGAAUGGGUAUGUAGGAAUAACUUUGUUUUGUGCUGGAAUCGAGCUCCCUUGUCUGCAGGGCUGAUCACUCCUCUGUGUCUCUGCACUGUAGCACAUAUAGGCAUCUCUGCUGUGGUGCAGGAUGGACCCAGGGAUCUGGCUUCCUGCAUCUGCCUUUCUUUGCAGAGCAGCUGGAAGAGCCUCUGGCUGCGCUCUGGGCCUGCAGUCCCAGCAAACAGGCUCUGCAGUCCCCUGGCUGCCGUGCACCCUGUGUCGGGCAGGGCAUCUCGGGGAGCAGUGCCCACUGCUGUUCUACAUCCCUUUGGCUUUGGUAUAUGUGACUGUUCAAAUCACCUGUUAAAAUAAACCGACAUCUCCAAACUGA